AUGGCGGAGUGUGAGUCGCCAAAGCCCGUGGAAAGCUCCAAGUCCGAUGACAUUGAUGACAUAAAGUCACAAAACAAGGUCCAGGCUCAGGAUGUCCACACUGGCACCAAGAGGGCCCCCAGCAGGACCCCUAGCCCGGGGCCCCCUCAGAAGUCCCCAUGGGGCCCUCCUGCCGAGGCUCCCUCCCUGACAUGCGGGACAGAGGCGGUGCUGGGGGAGAGCCAGGCGGGCGGUGAGGAGGGGGUGCGACGGGACGGCGCGGCUCUGAGCCCUCGCAGCCGGCGCAGGUCGUGGAGAAGGUCGGCCAGAACGAGGCGCUCUUUCCCUGCCCUGUGCAGCUCCAGCCAGGCUCUGUGUAGGUCCAUCAGCCUCAGCCUUCAGGAGGAAGAGAGGUUGGAGAAACUCAUAGAUGCCUCUAAGGAGCUGGCAGUGCAGAAGCUGCAGGACUGUGUGGCGGCCGCCCCUGGAGGCUGCCGGGAGAGUCUGCAUUCGCAGGUGGAGCUUCUUCAGAGGGAGUGGUGUUGCCUGGCACAGGAUAUCAGACAGGAGGUGCAAGGCCAGCUGCCCCAAACCAGCACGGACAGUGACCCUGCCAUGCAGAAGACCAUGGACCAGAUCAGAAAGUCUGUCCUCAUGUUACAGGCUGAGCGUGACCUGUGGGAUUCUGUGCUGCUCAGACACCGCAGUAAAGCGGAGGAGCUGGCCAGGCGUGUGGAGCAGGGGCGGGCAGAGGGUGUGGCCAUGGACCCCGCCUGUCUGAUGCAGUCCUCACAAAGCCAGCUUAUCCUCAGCAAGCCUGAUUACCACAGCGCCCUCCUCAGGCAGCACGGGGUACUGCACACUAUGGAAAUGCUGAUGGACUCUCGGUGUAAGAUAGUGAGGGAGCUGCUGUCCUUCCAGGAGCAGUCUCACAUGCUGGUGAAGGAGAUCAGUGGCACAUUGGCCUCCAGUGCUGGUUUCCAGACACUCCCCUCCUCCCCAGUCAGGAAGCUCCUCACAGGGGUCUAACGGCCUGAUCGUGACCUCUGACCUCUGACACAACCGGUCACACAUUGUUCCUGUGAUGGAGCCUCGUCCAAAGGUCCAGUCUCUCAGUUUGCCUGGGGCAAGAGCGAACGCCACACCCUCCCGCGGCCGUGGAGUGCGGCCCUCACUCUGGGGAGAGGCUGGGAUCGUCUGGGCUUGCUGUUCCUUCACACCUUCACCUGCAGCAUCUUCUGCCCCAUCCAUACGCCUGUUU